AUGGCACCAGGUCGACGUGCCCGAGCUGCUUCUCCAGCCGCCAGCGAGAACGAAUUUGACAUCACCUCUGCCCUCACCGGUACAGUUUCGUUCGAAGACGAUGACGACUUUGGGUUUUCUGAGCCACCGAAGAAACGUAUAAAAUCGCAAAAGACUCUGGAUGCUAGCUCAAUUCUUGAUCUAGAUAAACCAUCAGAUAAUGAAUCUGAUUUAGCAGACGAUGAUGACAAGUUCAUCCAGUCGCAGAUGGCCUCUGCAAAUCGAAAAGCAUCGAAUAUCAAGUCGAAAUCAAUCAAGAAGUCUGGAGGCUUUCAGUCAAUGGGUUUAAAUCUUCAACUCUUGAAGGCGAUUCAGCGGAAAGGAUUCUCGGUGCCUACUCCAAUUCAGCGCAAAACCAUCCCACUACUAUUGGAAGGUCAGGAUGUAGUGGGUAUGGCUAGAACGGGGUCUGGAAAGACUGCUGCUUUCGUUGUUCCAAUGAUUGAAAAAUUGAAGGCGCACUCAGCGAAGGUCGGCGCUCGAGCCCUGGUUAUGUCACCUUCCCGUGAACUCGCUCUACAAACCCUCAAGGUUGUCAAGGACAUCUCCCGUGGCACAGAUCUAAAGGCCAUUCUACUCGUCGGUGGUGACAGCCUUGAAGACCAAUUCUCGAUGAUGACUACAAAUCCAGACAUCAUAAUCGCCACACCAGGUCGUUUCCUACAUUUGAAGGUAGAAAUGGAGCUAGACCUUAGCAGUAUGCAGUAUGUAGUUUUCGACGAGGCCGAUCGACUGUUUGAAAUGGGUUUCGCCGCCCAGCUUGGAGAGAUUCUACACGCUUUACCUGCAAGUCGACAGACUACACUCUUCUCUGCGACACUACCGAAAAGUUUGGUAGAAUUCGCCAAAGCUGGUCUGCAUGAGCCAUCACUCGUUAGACUAGACGCCGACUCAAAAAUUUCAACUGAGUUGGAAAGUGUUUUCUUCACAGUCAAGACAGAGGAGAAAGAAGGUGCCCUACUUCAGAUAUUACAAGAAUUGAUACAUAUGCCCGCAGCAUCCUCGAGAUCUACCGAAAAUCGGGCCGAUGCCGAAGGAGAUGGCAAGAAGAAACGAAAACGGUUCGUAAAUUUGCCAAAGAACGAGCUGUCAAACCCGCACUCCACAAUUAUAUUCGCGAGCACGAAACACCAUGUCGACUACCUCGCCAGUUUACUAUCAGCACUCGGGUACGCUGUUUCAUAUGUAUACGGAACCCUAGACCAGGUCGCACGAAGGAACCAAGUCGAAAAAUUUAGAACUGGCGAGUCUCAGAUCUUAGUCGUCACUGAUGUCGCUGCCAGAGGUAUCGAUAUCCCCAUGCUGUCAAAUGUGAUCAACUUCGACUUCCCACCUCAGCCGAAAGUUUUCGUGCAUCGUGUUGGUCGAACGGCUAGAGCUGGAAGACGGGGUUGGGCAUACAGCCUUGUGAGAUUGGAAGAUAUGCCUUACCUAUUGGAUCUCCAGCUUUUCCUGGGUAGGAAACUAGUGACGGAUGGGGAGGCAGACAUAAACCAAGGCAAAAAGAAAGAGGGGUUCGAUUUUGCGAACGAUGUGAUAAUAGGCGCUCUGAAAAGAGACGCUCUAGAAAGAUGCACCGAGGCUAUCACGCAGGUAGUUAAUGCUAGCCACGAUUUGACGGCUAUGAAGCAGGUUGCGGCAAGAGGUGAGAAGUUAUACCAGAAGACAAAGACAGCAGCGAGCACGGAGAGUGUAAAAAGGUCAAAGGAAAUCGUGAGCGGUAAACAUUGGAUGAGCGUCAAUCCUAUCUUUGCGGAUGAAGUCGAUAAGUUAGAGAUGGAAAAGGCGGACAUGCUCAAGCGGCUUUCAAAUUACAGACCUCAAGAGACAGUUUUCGAGAUUGGCCAACGAGGUGUCAACAAGAGUGAGGGUGCGAGCAUCAUGAAGGCUAGGAGGGAGAAAAUCAAAAUCAAGCCAAAAUACCAGGAAGAUACCGAGAUGCUCGACAUACCAACUGCGAAACCCAGAGCGCGUGCUGAGGAUGACGAAGAACCUGGGAACAAUGAAUGGGAGGAUAUGGAUGAAGACGCCCAAGACAAGUCUGCAGUAGACGUUGACAUGGAUUCAGUCGAUGAGGAAGAGCUCGAGAGCGUCUUCAAAACCAAGAAAUCGAAAAGGUCCAAGUCCAAGUCCAAAACUUUCCAAGAUCCUGAACAUUACAUGGGUUACAUGCCUUCUACAUCCCUCGCUGAGGAUCGCGGCUACAGUGUUACAAACUCAUUUGCUGAAGCAGCUCGGACAGUCACCAUGGAUCUCGUCAACGACGAUGGCAAUGCAUUCGGCGAACCCAGCAAACAAACUACCGGUCUGCGCUGGGACCCUAAAGCAAAGAAGUUCGUCAACCGCAGAAAUGAUGAAGACGGCUCGCGCGGCGGUUCCAAACUUAUCCGCGGCGAGUCCGGUCAGAAGAUCGCUGCAUCAUUCAAGAGUGGUAGAUUCGAAGGCUGGAAGAAAGCCAAUAAGCUCUCUAGGAUGCCUAGAGUUGGUGAAAUGGAGAACACUGUUGGUGGUGGCAUGGCAAACAAGAACGGAUACCCCGUUGCUGGGGGUAAGAUUGGUGGAAGGAUGUUCCAUAAAAAGGUGGAGGCACCAAAACAGGCGGACAAGGCGCGAGACGACUACCAUGUGCGCAAGAAGAGAGUAGACGAAGCUAAAUCUAAGGGCUUACAUGGCAAGGGCUACGGAAAGAAAAUCAACAAUGAGGUUAAGAGCAAUGUACAAAUAGCGAAGGAUAGGCGGAUGAAGGAGAAGAGAAGGGAGAAGAACGCUAGACCCAGCCGAAAGGGCAAAGGGCGCAAGUAG